AGGUACCCGAUACCAACAUUACCGGGAAGUCCUCACUCCGGCGAUCACCUAUCAGAUCCCUACGUACGAAGCAGUUUGAGUGUCAAGCCCCAGAACACGAGGAUGCUAGCAUUGCAACAAUCAGAUCUGAAAUGAACUCAAAUUCUCUCUAGUAUUGUCAGUUUAUUGGUUUUUUUUUAUCUGCAAGGGUUAAUGGCGACGAGGAAUAGGACGAUUCUGUACAAGAAGUACAGAGAUGCAUUUAAGAGCGUGCGAGUUCCUGCUGGAUCGUCGCAAUUCAGCUCCAGCGGCCGCGGUCCAGUGAUUGAAUUAUCCACGACUUCAUUGCUUAAUCCGAAUCGAUCUUACGCUCCUCUCAGCACAGAAGAUCCUGGGACUUCCAGUAGUGGCCUGGUUACGGUAGGUCUACCACCUGCGUGGGUGGAUGUAUCUGAAGAAAUAGCAGCUAAUGUGCAACAAGUGAGAACAAAAAUGGCCGAGCUUGCAAAGGCUCAUGCGAAGGCUUUAAUGCCAUCAUUUGGAGAUGGUAAAGAGGAUCAGCGUCGGAUUGAGGGUCUUACUCAUCAAAUAACUGAUCUGUUGAAGACGUCAGAAAAAAGGUUACACAGAUUAUCUAAAGCAGGGCCCUCUGAGGACUCUAAUGUUCGGAAAAAUGUGCAGCGUUCUCUCGCGACAGAUCUUCAAAACCUUUCAAUGGAAUUUCGGAAAAAACAGUCGACUUAUUUGAAACAACUACGCCAGCAAAAAGAGUCUCCAGACGGUGUUGACCUGGAAAUGAACUUCAAUGAAAGUAACUCUAAAAGGGGGAGUGAUGAUUUGGAUGAAUAUGGAUUUAAUGAGCAUCAAAUGUCAAAAUUAAAGAAAAGCGAGGCAUUCACAGCAGAGAGGGAAAGAGAAAUACAGCAGGUUGUAGAAUCAGUGAAUGAACUUGCGCAAAUUAUGAAGGACUUGUCAGUUCUGGUGAUUGACCAGGGUUCUAUCGUGGAUAGGAUAGAUCAUAACGUUCAAAAUGUUGCUGCGACAGUUGAGGACGGUCUCAAACAGUUGCAAAAGGCCGAGAGAACACAGAAGAAGGGCGGGAUGGUCAUGUGUGCCACGGUGCUAGUCAUCAUGUGCUUCGUAAUGCUAGUUCUUUUAAUUUUGAAGACAAUACUUUUCUGAUCUUUUAAAAAUCAAGUCUUUUCUAUUCUUACACCCUCCCUCCCUUUGCAUCAUCUUGUACCACACCACAGAAUUUCCCUACUUAACGUCGGGCCAAUAGAAAAACUUGGAACCUUUUGAGCUGCUUCUGUUUUUUUACAUUUG